UUAUCUUGACUUAUUGCAGCAGGCAUUUCGCGACGCAACAGCCUGUGGAGCGAAGUUGCUGCAUAGGACAACUAAGGGCAAAGGUAAAGGACCGAGUUUAUAACGACGCUAGUUUUCCGACUACAGCCGAAGUUUCCCGAAGACCGGCAUGAGCAGCGAGCAGAAGCGGUCGCGUUCGGAGGAAGACUGCAACCAAAUGGGGGACGAAGAUAUGUCAUCGGGUUAUGAAGGACACAUGUCCAAACGACAGAAGACGGAUGAAGGAAUGCAUGGCAUAGCUGGAAGGGAUCGUUAUGAAGAUCCCCACAAGCCACCUCCAUCUCCAGUUGUCCAUGUACGUGGACUUAGUGAUGCUGCAAUUGAAGCUGAUCUGGUGGAAGCGGUACAGCACUUUGGAGCUGUCAGAGAUGUCAUAAUGAUGCCACGCAAAAAGCAGGCUCUUAUUGAAUUUGAAGAUUUAACUGGUGCAAGGAACUGUGUUGAAUACGUUCAGACAAAUUCCAUCUAUGUUGCGGGGCAGCCAGCGUACUUCAAUUACUCAACAAGCCAGAAAAUUCAGAGACCUGGAGAUCCUGAGGACAACCGCCCAGCUAACCACAUUCUUCUAUUUACUAUCUUGAACCCACAGUAUCCAAUCACAGUGGAUGUGAUGCACACAAUUUGUAGCCCCUAUGGGCAAGUUCUUCGUGUUGUCAUUUUCAAGAAGAAUGGUGUGCAGGCAAUGGUCGAAUUUGAUAAUGUGGAAUCUGCAAAGCGCGCAAAGCAGUCUCUGAAUGGGGCUGAUGUUUAUUCAGGCUGUUGCACACUCAAGAUAGAAUAUGCAAAGCCUUCACGUCUUAAUGUUGUGAGGAAUGACAGUGAAAGCUGGGACUACACUAACCCUAGCCUUGGAAAAGACCCGCAUCAUCAUCGUGGCCAGCCACUGCUUCAGGAACCUCGUUAUGGAAGUGCCCCUGCCCCUUACAAUGGUCCUGUUGAUAUGAGAGGUGGCAGUGGAGCCAGCAGCGGUGGUGGUGGAGGAGGACCCGGUAGCUAUGGAGGUGGUGGCUACGGUGGAGGACACAGUGGAUAUUAUGAAGAUUAUGAUGCUUACGGGGGUCGAGGACCCUAUGGUGGUCCUCCUGACCGGUUUGGUCCUAAACAGGAACGGUUCGGACCUGGUGGUCGUUACAGUGAACAGUCCAUGGGACCCCAAAGCAGUGGCCAGGGCUGUGUUGUAAUGGUGUACGGUCUGAGUAUGGAGAAGAUGAAUUGUGAAAGACUCUUCAAUCUUUUCUGCUUGUAUGGCAAUGUGGUGCGAAUCAAGUUCUUGAAGAGCAAAGAGGGAGCUGCCAUGGUCCAGCUGGGAGAUGGGAUUUCUACGGAGCGUGCCAUACAAAAUCUACACAACUGUUUCUUCUUUGGCAGCAAGCUGCAGCUCAGCCACUCAAAACAGGCAUUUCUGCAAGAUGUCCCUAACCCCCAUGAGCUGCCAGAUGGCACCUCUUCCUUCAAAGAUUUUAUGGGCAACCGCAACAACAGAUUCACCAAUCCUGAAGCAGCCUCCAAGAAUCGCAUUCAGAGUCCAGCCAAGGUGUUGCACUUUUUUAAUGCUCCUCCCAGUAUCACUGAAGAAGAGUUGCGAGAGAUAUUUGAAAACUCGUGUGGAAAACAGCCAGUAAGAAUCCGGCAGUUCCCUUCAAAAACUGAGAGGAGUUCCACUGGUCUGUUGGAGUUUGAAAGCAAGAGUGAGGCUAUUGAGGCCCUUGUUCUUACCAACCACCAUCCCAUACCCAGCCAAGGUGGCAAAAAUCCGUUUGUCUUCAAGCUCUGCUUCUCUGCUUCUCCAAUUGUGUAAACAGAUGACAAUUUGUUGGAAACAUUUGAACUGUGAAGACUGUUUUACUUCUCCAUUAGUGUUCACCAUUCUUGCAUGUCGACAACACCCAUCAUAAACCAUUUGUUGUUUUAUCAGUAGAUAUCUAUAGAUUGAUGUUUUAUUUUAAACUUAUGUGUCAUAAACUGUUGACUGUCCAAAAAUUGCAUUUUGUAGAUGAAAUCUCAUAAAUCAGAGAAAUAAAAUGUGUUGGUGUA